AAUAUUUAUAGAAUGUCGAUGUGUCAAACUUAAACAAUUUUUUUGGUGUGAAGAAAAAUAUUAAUUAUUGUUUGUUAUACGGUGCAAUUCAAUGCUGAAAUUAUUACGGAAUUGCUAUUAAUUAUGAAAAAAAGAUUUACGAACAAUCACAAUGAAUUCAAAAAACAUUAUUUAUUUUGGAAUACUGGCUGUGCUUUAUUUCGUACAAGUUUCAUCAUCAGAAAAGAAGGACUGUACUGAAUUGGCAAGAGACGACGAAACCUUAUUGGUAUUUUCAACAUUAGGGGGCGGAUUAACUGCAUUAGACCCAAUAACAAGUGAAAUAAGAUGGAGUAUUGACGAUGAACCGACGGUGGUUAAUGUUCCCCCCAAUUCGGAUGUGCCGAAUCCCCAAUAUUUGCCAGACCCUCGAGAUGGUUCAUUAUACCAAUUGGGCGAUAUGGGUGGUCUCAAGAAGCUGCCAUAUACGAUUCCACAGUUAGUAGCAAGUGCACCGUGUCGUUCCAGUGACGGCAUAUUGUAUUCUGGGAAGAAGAGCGACACCUGGUUUUUGAUUGAUCCCAAAACAGGACAGAGAGAGACCGUCCUAGGAUUUGGAUCACCUAGUCAAUAUAAGGACAAAAUUGGAUGGGCCACAUCUCGUGCAAUGUAUUUGGGACGUACACAGUACACCGUAUUGAUGUACGACAGUUUAUCCAACAAUAAAAAGCCGUUCAAUGUCACCUUCUUCGAUUAUUCGUCGCACACCAUGGCCCCAGAAGUGUCUAAGGAGUAUGAAUGGAUUCAUCUGACGAGCAGUUCGAGUGGAAUGGUUGCAACAUUAAAUCGAAAGAAAGGAAAUUUUUUGUGGCAAAAGGAUUUGUCCAGUCCGGUUGUUGCGACGUUCCUUCUGAAUUCGGAUGGACUACUUAGUGUACCAUUUACAACCGUAUCCGACGAAACAUUGAAUGGGAUAGUUGAAUACGCUAGAGAUGGUCAAAAGAACGACAUCAAGCUAUUCCAAACACUUUACGUAGGCGAGCAUCACACUGGCCUGUAUGCUCUACCGUCAUUGGUCGAUAAAAAAGUUGCUACGAUAUCAUCAGAUCCACCGGUUAAGCUCAUCGAUGGACCGAACACUGAUGCCGAAUUGAAUCCCAACCUGGUGUAUCUGAACACACUCUUUAACAACGAAGAUGCAGAUGAGCGACAGCAUCGCAACGUUAUCGUCCUCGGCCACUAUCAAAUGCCAAAAACGAUAGAUGACUUAACACUGUCGAUUUCGCCAACACUAAAUAAAAAGCCGUCGAACAACCGCGAGUUGGUGGCUGCAGACAAAUUUGAUAUACUAAACAUCAACACAGAGUCAAAUGCUCAAAACAAUUUCAUCAUUAUUCGUCAAGGAGAUCGUUCAAUCGGAAUACCGGUUGAUGGAGAUAGUAUUCCGGUUGAAAAUCAAACGGUGAAUGCAACAAUUUCGCCUCGCGAAUUUUUGGCAAGCAUUUACAACACAUCACAAAACUGGCUGAAUGCCCAAGAAAGUAAAAUUCUGAAACUGUUGCUCAUCAUUUUAAUGGGAAUGAUAGUUGCAAUGUUUUGGUACAUGCGAAGCACCGUCCGUGAAUUACGACAAAGUCAAAGUGGUUCGCAGACCAGUAAUAUCAUAAGUCGUGGCAGUGGAAGUUAUCAGGAAUUGAUUGAUUUGGGCGACGGAGAAGUAAAGGUCGGAAAAAUUACGUUUAACUCGGAGCAAGUACUGGGCAAAGGAUGUGAAGGUACGUUCGUGUUUAAAGGAUCGUUUGAGAAACGGAAUGUGGCUGUGAAGCGAUUGCUACCUGAAUGCUUUACAUUGGCCGAUCGGGAGGUGUCUUUGCUGAGGGAAAGUGAUGCUCACGAAAAUGUCGUUCGGUACUUUUGCACCGAACAGGAUCGUCAAUUCAAGUACAUUGCAGUCGAAUUGUGUUCGGCAACUUUACAAGAUUAUGUAGAAGGUGGCUUUGAAAGCGAACUAAGAACAAAGAUAUCGGUGAAGGACAUUUUGAAGCAAGCAACUAAUGGUCUGCUGCACCUACAUUCAUUGCAUAUCGUGCAUCGUGAUAUUAAACCGCAAAAUGUGCUGAUAUCGUUACCCAACAAUAUUGGCGAAGUUCGUGCUAUGAUCUCAGAUUUUGGGCUGUGUAAGAAAUUGAAUCUGGGAAAAACGAGUUUCUCUCGAAGAUCGGGAAUUACUGGCACCGAAGGAUGGAUCGCACCCGAAAUGCUGAAAGGCCAGCGGACUACAACAUCGGUGGACAUUUUCUCUUUGGGCUGUGUCUUUUACUACGUUCUAUCUAACGGAGGUCAUCCGUUUGGCGACACUGUCAAGCGUCAGCUGAACAUUUUAUCCUACGAAUACGAUUUGAAAGUAUUUGACGGGGAGAAAUUCGAAAGCUCAAAGGUGCUAGCUGAGGAGAUAAUUGUUGCUAUGAUAAGCAAAGACUCUUCAAGGAGGCCACCAGCCGCAGCAGUAGUAAACCAUCCGUUUUUCUGGAAUGAGGAAAAAAUACUGUGUUUCCUGCAGGACGUAAGUGAUCGCGUAGAAAAACUUGAUUAUUCCGUGGCGCCACUCAAAACUUUAGAAAAGAAUGGAAAAUUUGUGGUGCGACAAGAUUGGACGAUACAUUUAGAUGACGCUAUCUCGGCCGAUCUUCGAAAGUAUCGUGGCUAUCAUGGCAGCAGCGUUCGUGAUUUAUUGCGUGCCCUACGAAACAAAAAACAUCACUACCAUGAGUUAUCGCAUGAAAUGCAGGUGAUACUUGGUGCUAUACCCGUUGACUUUACCAAGUAUUGGAUACAGCGUUUUCCUUACCUCGUCUCACACAGCUAUCAUGCACUCGAAAAACAUUCCUAUGAAAAUGCCUUUAAAGUUUAUUACGACUCAACGUAUUGUUACGCCAAACCCGAGUAUUUUUAUCGUGAAACAGACGAUUGUGUGUGGCCGGAUAAGUUAAGCAAAAAGUUAAAUGACAGCCCUAGAAGAAUGUCCAAAGAUUUUCGACCACGAAACAACGACCGUCGAUCAUCACAGGAUGUUCUGGCAGACGGAAAUGCCAAGCCUUUGAGUGAUAAUGUCUACAAAACGGGCAACAAACGCGGUUCGUAUAAUUUUCACAAAAAUGUCGACGGGGAAAAUACGCUGACGUUGCGAAAGAAUAAUUGGAGAAAGCCGAGUAAUAUUAGUCAGGACAACAAUUUAACUUGGACGAUGCCAAACAACGGUUGAUAGGCCGUCGCGUAUUAUUAUCUUUUGAAGAGAAAUUGGAAUGAAUUUCACUAGAAUUAUUUUGUGUUUCUAUCAGGCGGAAUUUGGCGAGGAAAUUCUGUUAGUUUUAUGGCUGUUUGAUGUUUCAUUUUUGUGAACCAGUGUUCUUUAUGGGGAUUUGAUGGGGUACAAAAUUUCGUUGUUUAUUUACUGCAAUGCUGCACACUGUCUGUGAUAUUAUAUACAAAAAACCAACACUAAAUUAGAAUGGGCUAAAAUUUACGAAAAACAAAAUUACGAUUCAAGCGUUAGCGUUAGUGUGUUUAGCAAUUAAGAAAAAAAAAGUUAUUUUAACCGGAAAUGUUUAGUAAAAUAUAUUUGUAAACACCAA